AACAGGCGGCUUGAUGGCUUCGACGAAGAGCACCAAAAGUAGCUCCGAGACCCGAAACACAAAUAGCGGGAAUAGUAGUAGCAAAUGCGUGACGAAUAGCAGCUAUGUAAAAAAGCCCACACCAGAAAAAGUUGGCCGCAGGUUUGUCUUGACAUAUUACCCUGUAAUGUCAAAGUCUGCGGAGGAUCUCAUCAAGUUCUACAAAGAGGAUUCAUGCUUCUCGCACGUCCCUGAGACCGAAGAGGGCCAGGACAGUAAAGCUGCCGUUGGGCUUGAGGAGAUCCGGGCGCGUAUCGAAGCCUUGAACCUGGGCGGCGCCGUGGUGGACAUUCGCAGCGUGGACGUGCAGCCCUCCAAAGACGGGGCCGUGCUCGUCCUCGUUCAGGGUCUCAUGCGGCGCCGGAGCGCGCCCGCCCCCUCGGCCUUUGUCCAGACCUUCUUUUUGGCCCAGCAGGAGAACAACGAGGCGCACUACUACCUUCUGAACGACGUCUUCCGCGCCUGGCCAGAAACCCCCAGCGCGCACCCUCCCUCCUUCCCCUCUUCCCCCGGCCCCCCCACGCCCGAUCCCCCUCGCUCGGAGGCUUCUCCGGUGACGGCCUCGGCCGCCGCCGAGAAAGAGGGGGCGAUGGCAAUCGCACGGGUCCAAGCAGAAGCCAUGCGGGGCCAGGAGGGCGUUGGUGUGCAAGAAAGGAAGGAGACGAAGGAGGAAGAGGAGGAGGAGGUGGAAGCUGGUGCCGUGGCGCAGGCGGGAAUGGAGCGGGGCGGAAAGGAGGCUUGGGCUGGGAGUAAGGAGGAAGGGCGGGGGCGACGGCGGGAGAGGAAA